AGUGUCUAUCUUCACUCCCUGUACAGCGGCAACGGCGGAGGAAGCAGCAGCAGAGAGAGUAAGCAAGAAUGCCAGCUGGACAUGGUUUGCGAUCAAGGACCAGAGAUCUAUUCGCUCGUCCCUUCAGGAAGAAGGGUUACAUCCCUCUCACCACAUACCUCAGAACGUACAAGGUAGGCGACUAUGUCGACAUUAAGGUAAAUGGCGCUGUCCACAAAGGCAUGCCCCACAAGUUCUACCAUGGCCGCACAGGUCGCGUCUGGAAUGUAACCAAGCGCGCUAUUGGUGUCGUCAUCAACAAGCAGGUUGGGAAUAGGAUUAUUGGGAAGAGAAUUCAUGUUAGGGUGGAGCAUGUGCAGCCGUCGAGGUGCAGGGAGGAGUUCAAGUUGAGGAAGAAGAAGAAUGAUGAGUUGAAGGCGGAGGCCAAAGCUCGUGGUGAAAAGAUUAGUACUAAGAGACAGCCUCAAGGACCGAAGCCCGGAUUUAUGGUGGAGGGUGCUACUCUUGAGACUUUCACUCCUAUUCCUUAUGAUGUGGUCAAUGAUCUCAAGGGUGGUUAUUGAUUUCUUUUUCAUGAUUUCGCUGUUUUCAAGAGUUUUGUCCGUGCUUAGCUUAUGUUGUCCGAAAUGAAUGAACGUGGAGUUUUAUUGUUGUAAUGAUUUUUGAUUACUUGUGACCCUUCUAAUGAAUUUGCAUUUUUGGUGCUGUUGGAAUA